GUCUAUGAACCCAUUUGCCUGUUCCUCGAUUCCAGCUCCGCCUGCUCGCUAUUUCACCUUUUAAUACAAGGACGCCAGGCGAUUAGUUUCCCUUUUGGGCUCUCAAAGUGUCUCUCUCUUCACUUUUGCAGUCUCUCCAUCCCUGGCGAUCCAGACAUGCGAGUAUCUUUAGGGACUGCUACGUCUAUGACAACAGGGCAGGGGGUUUCGGAAGCCUAAAUUUAGAGAAAGUCCGUUUUACAUCAAUGCAAGAGGGCUAUUUUAAACCCAGAGCUCCAGUGGGUGAGUCUAGACAGUGGGGCUACCACUGCAGACAAAUACAAAGUGCCGCGCUACUCUACUUUUAAUGCCUCUUUUUCCUGGACGGCAGCCGAAGAUGCACCGCAGCAUGUCACAUUGACCUACUCCACCUUUAGCACGCUCGAUUCAUCACUCUGUCUACCUGACUUUAAACUGAUCUCAUAUUCUCGUCAUACUUCCUCACUGGCUGAUCAGCAGACUAUGCCCCCUUCUAGACUGGUAGUCUAAGGAUCUCCUUGCCCCAGUGCUAAUUUUUUGCAGCUUUUGUGCUACAUCACGCCUGGCUGCCCCAGCCCAGCCCUCCGUUCACCCACCACUUGCAGAGGGAUCGCCAUGGCCGUCAAUGUGUCCAUGGGUCGCGACACCAAGUGGCUGACGCUGGAGGUGUGCAGAGAGUUCCAGCGAGGGACCUGCUCGCGUUCGGACAACGAAUGCAAGUUCGCUCACCCCUCUCGCACCUGCCACGUGGAGAACGGCCGCGUCAUCGCCUGUUUCGACUCACUCAAGGGUCGCUGUACACGUGAUAACUGUAAGUACCUGCAUCCUCCGCCUCAUCUCAAGACCCAGCUGGAGAUAAAUGGCAGGAACAACCUGAUCCAGCAGAAGACCGCAGCUGCCAUGCUGGCCCAGCAGAUGCAGUUCAUGAUGCCUGGAACUCAGCUGCAGCCCAUAACAUCGUUCCCAGUAACGCAUUCCUUGGCCAACAGUCCAAGCAUGGCUUUCAGCCCGUACCUGAGCCACAUGAGCCCGGGCAUCAGUCUCAUGCCCGAACUUCUGCCCAGCACCCCCGUGCUGGUCCCGGGGAGCCCCACCGGCAUCGCCAUGGGCAACGGAAAUUCAACGCAGAAGCAUGUUCGCACAGACAAGCUUGAGGUGUGUCGAGAAUUCCAGCGGGGGAACUGCACACGCGGGGAGAACGACUGCCGCUAUGCCCACCCAAUGGAAGCCGCCAUGGUGGACGGCAGUGAGAACUCCGUCAUUGUUUGCAUGGAUUACAUCAAGGGCCGAUGCACCCGUGACAAAUGCAAGUACUUUCACCCUCCAGCUCACUUACAGGCCCGGAUAAAGGCGGCGCAGCACCAAGCCAGCCAGAAUGCUGCUGCCAUGGCUUUGCCACCAGGAGCCAUGCAACCAAAGAGACCGACCCUUGAGAAGACUAACGGUGCGGCUGCCAUCUUCAACCCCAGCAUGUUCCACUACCAGCAGGCUUUGGCCAGCAUGCAGCUGCAGCAGCAGCCAGCGUUCAUUCCCACAGGCUCCGUAUUCUGCAUGGCUCCAUCUGGAGGCAUUGGCCUUUUCAAACCCCCAGGCCCAAUGACAGAGGGCCGCUGGGAGAGGCGGGACUGGACCAGCUGCAGGGCCCCCCAAAGCCGUUACCUGUCAGGGCCUGGACAUACUGUUCCCAUGAUGCACGGUGCCACCACUUCCACUGUUUCGUCGGCUACGACCCCAGUCACCAAUGUUCCUUUUGCUGAAUCAGCCACCUCCAACCAGACACCGCCGAGGUACUGAGCACCGACCCCAUCGACCUCCAGUGCGUUCCCAUGGAGGCCCAUUUCUGUCCCGUUCCUAAACUCCUGGUGGCUGCACCAAUGACGCUGAAUCCAGUAAGCCUCUCCCACAAUCCCACAACCUAAUCAGGCCCAUCUCUCAUGCAACAUGUGCCCAAACAACAGAAAAAUGAAUGCAACAAAACGUGUGCCUAAUCUGUACAUCCUUAACGGGCAAUACAUUCAUCCUCAUAUCAGAGAUUCUCACUUCAUUUGACGUCAACAGAGGUUUGUUGAUAUUGAAACAGGCAAUACUUAAGCUUGGACCUACAACUGUUUAAGGAAGCAUGCCAUCUCGAUGCAAGGAGCAGGCGGAUGCUGAAUCAGGAGAUGGAGCGCUCUCGUAACUCACAGCCAUAUGAAUACAUGCAAACCAAUUAGCUGAGAAGAGUGAAUUCUCUUGAGGUGAACAUUAGAUUUCAGAGCCGACUCGUUUGAUGUACGGUAAGAGGUGGAGUCGUUGCAGAUCAUCAGCAGAAUGUUUCUCCGUCGUAGAAUGUGAAAACCCAGAGUGUGUGAGAGUGACACCUAAAGAAAUUUUACAUUGUUUUAUUGGUGGUGGUAAUUUCUUUCAUAUUUAAUUAUGAUUAAUGAACAUGGUACGUUUUAUUUCAUCUUUGCAUUUCAAAAUGUC